CGCAUAUCAUAAUCAUUCUAUUUUUCGGCAGUCAAGAGUUGAUCGUCUCUGUUUGGAUGCGAUGAUGAAGUCGAUCGUUUUCCGAUCUUGUUUUUCUCCGGUACUCGUCGAGGCUAAAGAUAUUCACCGGUCGGAACUCUUGCCGCCGUCGUGCAGAGCCUCCACGAUUCGCUGUUCUUUGAGAAACUAUGCUAACAUUCCCAAACUCAAGCCUUUUAACAGAACCUUUCUUGAUCGAGCCAUUAAAGACCCUCCGUUGAUCGAGAAAGCGGAACGCGAGCUUGCAGAUUAUUGUACAACACUGGAGGGAGAGGAGUCAUAUUAUUGCUGGAAAGCUCGUUUCGAACUAGAGGAUCUUGAGAAAGUGGCACCAAAGGAAGAUCUAGAGAGGAUAAUUCUCGAAGCAGGAGGUGUUAAAACCUUGAUAAACUGGAUACCAAGAAUUGCUGCAAUCUACAAAAACGGAAAGGAAAAUGCUUUGGACAAGGGAAAGCCAAUGAACACUAAAGGGGAAGGGAAGAGAUUGUCUCACAUCCCGGAAUGGAUGCCAAAAUCAGUAGAAGAGUUGGAGGAAGAAGAAAAAGCAAAAAUGCCCGAUUCACCAUAUACCAGAUUGCUUAGAACCAUGGGAAGAAAGACCCCGGAUGUGAAUUAUGAAGGAUGCUAUCUUGGAGAUUAACCUUGUGGUUAAUAAACCCAUGUUGAGUUUCUUCCAUGUAGAUAACGCAAUGUUGCUUUCUUGGCCAUGAAUUUUUGGUUGAUCGUUUUGGUUUUAGUUUUUAAAGGCUUAGAUGUAUUAUAUGAUAGUUUGGUGCUAGGUUUACAUUGAAAUGGAGAGUUAAUCUUUCUGAGAACUCUAAAUUUCCAACCUUGCCUGUAUUAGAAUAACAAUAGUUUGUUUAAAUGGCAUGCUGGGUAUAUGAAUUGACUUGAAU